AUUGACAAAAAUUUGACAGAUAACUUAACCUAUAUCUUAGCUGUCAAAUAUUGAUAAGUGAAAAACAACAAAUUAUUUUUUUUACCAUGUCUGGAUCUUCGAACAGUAGUGUUCAAGAAUUUAGCAUAAGAGUUCCAAAACAUGUUCCAAAAAAACACCAUGUUAUGCGUUUUAACGCAAAUUUAGGAAUAGAUUUCUCAAAAUGGACUCAAGUAAAAAUGGAAAGGGAAAAUAAUAUGAGAGAAUUUAAAGGAAUUGAAGAGGACCAACCCAAAUUUGGUGCUGGUUCAGAAUUUGGCAGAGAAGCUAAAGAGGAAGCCCGCCGUAAAAAGUUGGGCAUAAUCACAAGAAAAUAUAAGCCUGAAGAUCAACCUUGGAUUCUCAAAUUGUUUUCUGGUGGUGUAAAAAAAUUUAAAGGAAUCCGUGAGGGCGGAGUAUCAGAAAAUGCUUCGUAUUACGUUUUUACACACGCAGCUGAUGGUGCAAUCGAAGCCUUUCCUUUAUACGAAUGGUACAAAUUUCAACCAAUCCAAAGAUACAAAGCACUUUCAGCGGAAGAGGCUGAAUUAGAAUUCAGUAAACGUAACAAACAUUUAAAUUAUUUUUCAUUGAUGUUAAGAAAGAGAUUGAAAGGUGACGAAGAGGGGUUAGACGAAGAAGAAAAAACAGCAAAAACAAAAAAGGGAAAAUCAAAAGAUUUAAAGAUAUCAGAAAUUGAUGAAUGGAUGGAUUCUUCCGAAGAUGAGUCAUCCGAAGGUGAAAAAGGUGAAGACGAAGAGGAUAAAAAUGAAAAAAAGAAGCAAAAGAAACAGAAAAAAGGUGCCCCGAAAAAGAAAAAAAGGGAUACAGAUUUAGAAGCUGUAGAAGACUCUGACGAUGGUGAUGAUGAAGGGAGAGAACUGGAUUAUAUUUCUGAUAGCUCAGCAAGUGAACCUGAAGACACAAAAUUGGAAGGUGUAGCUGAAGAAAAAGCCUUAAGAAAAUUAUUGAACUCUGAUGAAGAAGAUUCUGACGAAGAAGAAAAAUCAGAAAAGGAAGAGGGGAAAGAGGAUGAAGAAGACAAAGAAAAAGAUGGCGAAAAGAAGGAACAAGGUGAAGAAAAGGAUAAAACUAAAAAGAAUAAGAAGAAGAAUAAAAAAGAUUUACUUAAGAAAGAGAAAAAAGAUGCCAGUUCUGAUGAGUUUAGUUCUGAUAGUUCUACCGAUGAGGAUAUUAAGAAACAAAAAGCUGAGAAAAAAGCUAAAAAGGCUGAAGCUGAAAAGGACAAAGUUAAAGAAAAAGAUUUAUUGGACAAUGAUAACUCACUUUCUGAUUCGUUAAUGUCCGAUAAUAAGAGGGGUUUAGCCGGUUCUUCAAAUAUGCCACCAUCAAAAAAAGCUAAAUUGGAGAAUCCCAUACCUAAUUAUAUUCCAGGGGCAAAUGAAUCUGGAAUUACUGAGGAAGCUGUACGGAAAUAUUUAAUGAGGAAACCCAUGACAACCACUGAACUCCUUCAAAAGUUUAAAUCGAAGAAAACGGGACUUUCAAGCGAGCAAUUAGUAACUAUAAUGACUCAGAUUUUAAAGAAAAUAAACCCCGUUAAACAAACGUUAAAAGGAAAAAUGUAUCUUUCUAUAAAAUAGUAAUUACUAAAAUUAUUUAUUUUUUUAUUAUCAUUUAUAAUUAAUAAAAGUGAUUAAUAAAAAAAUUUUUAAUAAGAAA